CUCCAGGCCCUUUAGGCUUCUCCCUGACUUUAUAAUGAAAUACAAAAGUCAGCCUCCAUGCUUGUCCUUUGUGUGUAAUGAUUGUCAAACUCUUUGUCUAUAUGUGUUACAUUUGACCUUGAUGGUUAAUUCAUUAUGUAAUAAGUUCAGAAUUUGGGACAGACACAGUGGCUCAUGCCUGUAAUCCCAGCACUUUGGGAGGUCGAGGUGGGCGGAUCAUCUGAGGUCAGGAGUUCGAGACCAGCCUGACCAACAUGGAGAAACCCUGUCUCUACUAAAAAUACAAAAAAUUAGCCAGGCGUGAUGGCACAUGCCUGUAAUCCCAGCUACUCGGGAGGCUGAGGCAGGAGAAUCGCUUGAACUCGGGAGGCAGAGGUUGUGGUGAGCCAAGAUCAUGCCAUUGUACUCCAGCCUGAGCAACAAGAGCGAGACUCCAUCUCAAAAAAAAAAAAAAAUUUAGAAUUCGGUCCAAAUUAGAAAAGAGUUUCUCCCAGGAAUGGCCUUGAAUAGUGGUCAGCCUGCUUGGUUCUUUCUCCCUGACCUAGCAGCCCAUGAUUUGGGCUCUUUCCUCCUCUGGUUCAGGGGUGAGGGAUGCUGUCACUCUCCAAGAGGGGGAACAGCUUGGGACCUAGCAGAGCUGCUCAUCGGGGUUCUAUUCCUCCCAGCCAGCGCCCUGACAAAGCCAGCCUCUGGAUAAGAAACUAAUUACUUCUCCUGCUUCUUCAGUUUGACCUCCUAAGGGAAAUAAGUCCUGCAGAAGUAACCAGCCUGCCGCGGCAGAACGCAGAGCAGGCACCAACUGCCCUGCAACUGCUUCCAUAACCUGCAGAUCCACCAGUGUGUCGGGGGCCCACAUGCUGCAAAGCUUAGGAAGAUGGGGUUUUCAAUGGACAUGCAGCUUUUAAAGUUGUGUGAGAUAGGUUGCAUUCAGAGUAAGGAAGGGUUGAAAGGCAGGAAGGGCAUUUUCCUCUUAGCAGUGGAAGGAUCUUCCUGACAGCCCUCCUUGCUUGCUUUCUGCCUGGCUCACUGCUUUCUCAGCAAGUUCUGGUAGGACUAUGUCCUGGGGUUCCGAAAAGGGCUGGGGAAUGUCAAGGCACGGAUAAGGCACACGAGCUCUCUGGAGGAAAAGGGAGGCUCCUCUGCACUUCCCCUUCCUGCAGGUCCGUCCUGGUUUUUCAUGAUGUCAUCCAUUCAUCAUUGUGAGCUGACUGGUGGUCCCAUGGCUUGGCCAGCUGCCCAAGGCCAGGAGGGGAGACAGAGAUCCCAGGACAAAUGUGCAGCAGGCCCCUGAGCAUGUGUAGAAAUGUUGUCAUCAUUUCCACAUAGAAAGACUUGGAGGAAAUCAAAGAAGACAGUAAAAGUCACAAGAUCCUAUCCAACCUUCCCUUCCCUGAAUGCCUGGGAAGAAUUCAGGGGCCUCUUGCCUGUGGAUGGAGAGCCGAACCCUGGAGCGGGCCUAGGUGUGGAGGAGGGACUGCUCUGCCAGGUGGUUCAUUCUCCAGAAUUCAACCUGUUUCCUGACUCCGUGGUGUUUGAAAGCAACUUCAUCCAGGUCAAAAGGGGCAGGAAUUGGAGAGACAUCUACAAAGCUUCCAACACCAUGGCCCUGGGGGUGACCUCCUCGGUACCCUGCCUGCCCCUCCCCAACAUCCUACUCAUGGCCAGAGUCAAAUGGCACCAGGGGCAGAACCAGACAUGGAACAGACCAUCCAUAGCCCCCAACAUCUUCCUGAAGAGCCUUAGUCCUAAAGGAGACCUGCCUCAUUUUAACGAAGACAGGGUCAGAUCAGAUGCAAUAGGGUUGUCAGUGUGUGUCUUCCCUGGUGGCUUCAGGAUUCUCCCAUUGAAGUUUGUGGAGCUCCAGGUAUGUGACCACUAUCAACGCAUCCUGCAGUUGAGGACAGUCACUGAGAAGAUUUAUUACCUAAAGCUCCACCCUGACCAUCCUGAGACUGUCUUCCACUUCUGGAUCCGACUGGUUCAAAUUCUUCAAAAGGGGCUGUCCAUCACCACCAAAGACCCUAGGAUUCUUGUCACUCAUUGCCUGGUACCCAAGAACUGCAGCAGCCCCUCAGGAGAUUCGAAGUUAGUACAGAAGAAACUCCAAGCCUCCCAGCCCAGCGAGAGUCUCAUUCAGCUAAUGACCAAGGGGGAGAGUGAAGCCCUGUCUCAGAUUUUUGCCGACUUACACCAGCAGAACCAGUUGAGUUUCAGGAGGAGCAGAAAGGUGGAGACCAACAAGAACAGCUCAGGGAAAGAUUCUUCCCGUGAAGACAGCAUCCCUUGCACCUGUGACCUACGUUGGAGGGCUUCAUUCACGUACGGAGAGUGGGAAAGAGAGAACCCCUCUGGCCUGCAGCCCCUCUCACUACUCAGCACUCUGGCAGCCUCCACCGGGCCACAGCUGGCCCCACCCAUAGGAAAUUCUAUUUGAGCCACCCUUCCGCACUGGGGAGAAUCUAUGCAAGCCUCAUCAGCAUCACUUUGCAGCAUUCAUUCAGCUGCUGAGGGAUUAUCGGGAUGGAGAGGAGGAGAAAACUGCAACCAAGGAAAAAUAGAGUCAUCUCACGGUGACAGCAGGGCCUUUCCAGCUGUACAUAACCACAUCCUCGCCACUGCACCUCGGCAUAUGCCACCUCCAUGCCACUGCCAGAGCUGGCCUAGCAAGAUGUGCUCUGAGAAUGGCCGGGCCCAAGAGAUGAAGGAAAGGAGUGAAAGGGAAGUAGGACCAGAGAAGUGGAAGGAAGCAAAAUGGAGGUGACGAGAAAGGUGGUGGGAGAAAGUCAGCAGAUGAGAGACACAAAGAGAAGUGGUAAUAAGAAAUGGAAGAGACUUGGUAGACGAGAUAAGGAGGACAAGAGAAGGGACACACCCCUGAGAGAUGCUCACCAAGCUUCUAUUUAUCUAAUUUAAAGCUUGAAAGUAAAGACAUAAACAAAAAAAAGAAAUAUGUUUUCUUCCCUGCUCAGACCAUUCUGGACAAAUGUGAACUGCCAGACACCUUCCAUUUCCCUUUCUGUCUGUUUUUCUUGCUAGUUCCUGUCUUCUGAUUAAAGCUUCAUUCCUUCUU